AUGGCGCGGUUUGGAGACGAAGUACCGGGCAGGUAUGGCGGGGGACCCGGCCAGGGGGCCCCCGGCCGCGGUGGGAGCCGGCAGGGCGGCCCGCCGGGACCCCAGAGGAUGUACAAGCAAUCUAUGGCCCAGCGAGCGAGGACCAUGGCCCUCUACAACCCCAUACCCGUCCGGCAGAACUGCCUGACAGUCAACCGCUCCCUGUUUCUCUUCAGCGAAGACAACGUGGUGCGAAAAUACGCCAAAAAGAUCACCGAAUGGCCUCCGUUUGAGUACAUGAUCCUGACCACCAUCAUCGCCAACUGCAUCGUCCUUGCCCUGGAGCAGCAUCUUCCCGACUUGGACAAGACGCCCAUGUCUGAGCGCCUGGAUGACACAGAGCCAUACUUCAUUGCGAUCUUCUGCUUCGAGGCCGGCAUCAAGAUCCUGGCUCUGGGCUUCGCUUUCCAUAAGGGAUCCUAUCUACGCAACGGCUGGAAUGUCAUGGACUUCGUGGUGGUUCUGACUGGUAUCCUGUCCACAGUAGGCUCGGAAUUUGACCUGCGCACUCUCCGUGCUGUCAGAGUGCUGAGACCCUUAAAGUUGGUCUCCGGAAUUCCCAGCCUGCAAGUGGUGCUAAAGUCCAUCAUGAAGGCCAUGAUCCCGCUGCUGCAGAUAGGCUUGCUGCUCUUCUUUGCCAUUCUCAUGUUCGCCAUCAUCGGUCUGGAGUUCUACAUGGGCAAGUUCCACACCACCUGCUUCAGCAUAAGCACAGGAGAGCGUCAGGGUGACAGCCCAUGUGGGAACGAGUCGGUGGCCCGGCAGUGCGAGGACGGAGCCGUGUGCAGGAAGUACUGGCUGGGCCCCAACUACGGCAUCACGCAGUUCGACAACAUCCUGUUCGCCGUGCUCACCGUGUUCCAGUGCAUCACCAUGGAGGGCUGGACCGACCUGCUCUACGACAGUAAUGAUGCCUCAGGGAGCGCCUGGAACUGGAUAUACUUCAUCCCCCUCAUCAUCAUCGGGUCCUUCUUCAUGCUCAACCUGGUGCUGGGAGUGCUGUCUGGAGAAUUUGCCAAAGAGAGGGAACGCGUGGAGAACAGAAGCGAGUUUCUCAAACUGAGGCGGCAGCAGCAGAUCGAGAGGGAGCUGAACGGAUACCUUGAGUGGAUCUGCAAAGCAGAAGAGGUGAUUCUUGCAGAGGACGAGAAUGACACGGGCAAUUUUGAUGGAUCUCGCAGAAGGCCCACCAUGAAGAAGAGCAAGACGGACCUGCUGAACCCGGAGGAGGGCGAGGACCACCUGGGGGACAUGGGCGUGGGCUCUCCGUUCGCUCGCUCCAGCAUAAAGAGUGGUAAGGAGGGCUCCAGCUUUAACAGGCGUGAGCGGCGUUUCCGCUUCUUCAUCCGGCACGUGGUGAAGACGCAGGCCUUCUACUGGACCGUGCUGAGCCUGGUGGGCCUGAACACGCUGUGCGUGGCCAUCGUGCACUACGACCAGCCCGAGCUGCUCACCGACUUCCUGUUCUAUGCGGAGUUCAUCUUCCUGGGCCUGUUCAUGUCGGAGAUGCUGAUUAAGAUGUACGGCCUGGGGACCCAGCCCUACUUCCACUCGUCCUUCAACUGCUUCGACUGCACUGUCAUCGUGGGCAGCAUAUUCGAGGUGAUCUGGGCCGUGGUGAAGCCAGGAACCUCCUUUGGAAUCAGUGUCUUACGAGCUCUCAGGUUAUUGAGGAUCUUCAAAGUCACCAAGUACUGGUCGUCCCUGCGGAACCUGGUGGUCUCGCUGCUCAGCUCCAUGAAGUCCAUCAUCAGUCUGCUCUUCCUCCUCUUCCUCUUCAUCGUGGUCUUCGCCCUGUUGGGCAUGCAGCUUUUUGGGGGCCAGUUCAACUUCGAAACCGGCACUCCCUCCACCAACUUCGAUACCUUUCCAGCAGCAAUAAUGACUGUGUUCCAGAUCCUGACGGGAGAGGACUGGAACGUGGUGAUGUACGAUGGCAUCAAGUCCCAGGGAGGAGUGAACAAAGGCAUGGUCUUCUCCAUCUUCUUCAUCGUCCUCACCCUCUUCGGCAACUACACCUUGCUCAACGUGUUCUUGGCCAUCGCCGUGGACAACCUGGCGAACGCACAGGAGCUGACCAAGGACGAGCAGGAGGAGGAGGAGGCCACCACCCAGAAGAUGGCUCUGCAGAAGGCCAAGGAGGUGGCGGAUGUCAGCCCCCUCUCUGCUGCCAACCUCUCCAUCGCCGCUAAGGAGCAGCAGAAGAACCAGAAGGGGCCCAAGUCGGUGUGGGAGCAGCGCACUAGCGAGAUGCGCCGCCAGCACAUGAUGACCAGCAGGGAGGCGCUAUACAACGAGCUGGACAACGAGGACAACUGGAAGGUCUCGUACCCGCGGCACAUGAAGACGCACCUGGACCGGCCCCUGGUGGUGGACCCGCAGGAGAACCGCAACAACAACACCAACAAGGCCCGGCCCAGCGAGAGGCCCCCGCCGGAGCAGCGGCUCGGCCAGCAGCGGGCCGAGGAGUUCCUGCGGAAGCAGGCGCGGUGCCGCCAGAGGGCCGGGGGCGGGGGCGGGGGCGGCACCGCGGAUUCGGGGCCGGCCCGCAGGGUCAGGAAGGAGCAGGACUUGGGCCACUUGACCCUGAGCCAGCAGUCCCUCACCCCGGAGAGCCCCGAGGAGCGGCCCGCGGACCCCCCGGCGCCACGGCGCCAGCACCGGACCCCGCCCGGGCCCGACCGGGACGGGCACGGAGCGUCCCCGCGCCGGGAGGGGGCGCGGCCCGAACACCGGCGACCCCGACCGCACCGCAGCGCCCCGGACCACGAGGAGGGAGGGGCCGCGCGCCGGGGGCGGGGACGGCCCGACGGGGGCGGGGACUCCGACUGCGUGGACGGAUCGGACCGGCGGCAGAGACGGCAUCGCCACGGCGCCCCGCCCGCCUACGACGGCGAAGGGAGGAAGGACAGGGAGCGGGUGCGACCGCACCGAGGCAGGACCGAGGUUGGGGGUGACGGCCCCGCCCUCUCCACCUCCAGGCCCAUCCAGCAGAUGGUCCCUCGGCAGGACAGCGAACGCAGCGAGGCCCUGGACAACGUGAAGAACAGCCAGCUGGCCACGCCGCCCCGCCUGAGCCCCGCGCUGGCCACGCCGCCCCGCCUGAGCCCCGCGCUGGCCGCCGAGGAGGCCCGCAACGCCCGCAACGCCCGCAACGCCCUCAGCCACGCCCCGGGGCAGAGGGCCCCCGGGAGCAGCUUCAUCCUCACCAACCCCGUCUGCGCCCCCACCCCCAGCAAGACCGCCGGCCCCCGGCCCGAGCACACCGCCGUGGACAUGCCCCCCAUGUACCCCUCGACCAACGCCGUCCUGCAGGUGAAUAAGAAUGCAAACACAGAGCAGAAGGAUGAGGAGAAGAAGGAGGAGCCAGACGACGAUGAGAAGGGCGGCGAGACCAAGCCCAUGCCCCCGUUCAGCUCCAUGUUCAUCCUGUCCACCACCAACCCGUUCCGGAGGCUGUGCCAUUACAUCGUGACGCUGCGCUACUUUGAGAUGUGCAUCCUGCUGGUCAUCGGCAUGAGCAGCAUCGCCCUGGCCGCCGAGGACCCGGUGCAACCAAACUCCCCCCGCAACAACGUGUUGCGGUACUUUGACUACGUCUUCACCGGAGUGUUCACCUUUGAGAUGUUGAUUAAGAUGGUAGACCUGGGGCUGGUCCUGCAUCAGGGGGCCUACUUCCGGGACCUGUGGAACAUCCUGGACUUUAUAGUGGUUAGUGGUGCCCUGGUGGCCUUCGCCUUCACGGGGAGCAGUAAGGGGAAGGACAUCAGCACCAUCAAGUCCCUGCGCGUUCUGCGGGUGCUGCGGCCACUCAAGACCAUCAAACGACUGCCCAAGCUCAAGGCUGUGUUUGACUGUGUGGUGAACUCUCUGAAGAACGUGCUGAACAUCUUGAUUGUGUACAUGCUCUUCAUGUUCAUCUUCGCCGUGGUGGCCGUGCAGCUGUUCAAGGGGCGCUUCUUCUUCUGCACCGACGAGUCCAAGGAGUUUGAGCACGACUGCCAGGGGGAGUUUCUCGUUUACGUGAAUGAUGAUGAAGUGAAGGCACAGAAGCGGGUGUGGAAGAAGUACGAUUUCCACUACGACAACGUACUCUGGGCCCUGCUCACCCUCUUCACCGUGUCUACUGGAGAGGGCUGGCCCUUGGUUCUGAAACACUCGGUGGAUGCCACAUACGAGAACCAGGGCCCGAGCCCAGGGUACCGGAUGGAGAUGUCCAUCUUCUACGUGGUGUAUUUCGUGGUCUUUCCCUUCUUCUUUGUCAACAUUUUCGUGGCUCUCAUCAUCAUCACCUUCCAGGAGCAGGGAGACAAGAUGAUGGAGGACUACAGUCUGGAAAAGAAUGAGCGGGCCUGCAUUGACUUCGCCAUCAACGCCAAGCCCCUGACGCGGCACAUGCCGCAGAACCGGCUCAGCUUCCAGUAUCGCAUGUGGCAGUUUGUGGUGUCGCCGCCGUUCGAGUACACCGUCAUGGCCAUGAUCGCGCUCAACACCAUCGUGCUCAUGAUGAAGUAUGAUGGAGCCAGCCUAGACUAUUCAAAUGCUCUGAAGAACCUGAACAUUGUGUUUACGGCCCUGUUCUCUAUGGAAUGUGUGUUGAAGAUCGUCGCAUUUGGAGUUCUGAAUUAUUUCAAAGACACCUGGAACGUUUUUGAUUUUGUGACAGUCCUCGGUAGCAUCGCAGACAUCUUGGUGACAGAUUUAUGGGACAACGUCAUCAACCUGAGUUUCCUGCGGCUCUUCAGAGCUGCCCGGCUCAUUAAGCUGCUCAGGCAGGGCGAGACCAUCCGCAUCCUGCUCUGGACCUUUGUGCAGUCCUUUAAGGCGCUGCCGUACGUGUGUCUGCUGAUCGCCAUGCUGUUCUUCAUCUACGCCAUCAUCGGCAUGCAGCUCUUUGGGAACCUGGAACUUGACGACGACGGUUCCAUCACCAAGCACAACAACUUCAGGACCUUCGUCAUGGCCCUGAUGCUGCUUUUCAGGAGUGCGACAGGAGAGGCGUGGCAUGACAUCAUGCUGUCCUGCCUGGGGGGGAAUGCGUGUGAUCCUCGCUCCGGGAACACGGGGAAAGAGUGCGGCAGCGCAUUCGCCUACGUCUACUUUGUGUCCUUCAUCUUCCUCUGCUCUUUCCUGAUGCUGAACCUCUUUGUGGCUGUCAUCAUGGACAACUUUGAGUACCUGACUCGAGACUCCUCCAUCUUGGGGCCUCACCACCUGGACGAGUAUGUCCGAAUCUGGGCCGAGUCUGACCCUGCAGCCUGUGGACGCAUUCACUAUAAGGACAUGUACAGUUUAUUGCGAGUAAUCUCCCCCCCCCUGGGCUUAGGGAAGAAAUGCCCCCAUAGGGUGGCGUGCAAGAGAUUACUGCGGAUGGAUUUGCCCGUCGCCGAUGACAACACGGUUCAUUUCAACUCCACGCUCAUGGCCCUAAUCCGUACUGCUCUGGACAUCAAGAUCGCCAAAGGGGGUGCAGGAGGUGCAGACAAACACCAGAUGGAUGCAGAGUUGCGGAAGGAGAUGAUGGCGAUUUGGCCCCAUCUCUCCCAGAAGAACCUGGACCUGCUGGUCACGCCGCACAAGUCAGCAACAGACCUGACGGUGGGGAAGAUCUACGCUGCCAUGAUGAUCAUGGAGUACUACCGGCAGAGCAAAGCCAAAAAGCUCCAGGCUCUCCGGGAGGAGCAGAAUCGAACGCCAUUACUGUUUCAGCGCAUGGAGCCCCCCUCCCCGUCCCAGGACGGCGGGCAGGGGGUCGGCUGCCUCCCCGAACCUCCUCAGGAACCCGCCAAUGACGCGCCCCUGGACGGGGGCGUUAGCGGGAGUCAGCCCUGGAUGACCACUCGAGCACAGGAGAUGUUCCAGAAGGCCGGGAACUGGAGUCCUGAGAGAGCGCAACCAGACCAGGUACACACACACACUCACACACAGCAGACGGUAGAGAUGAGACGGCUGGGGAGGGGCGGCCGCUCGGACAGCGAGCCCUGUCUUCCCAUGGAGACCCAUGGGAGGGCCGUGUCCAUGCCCCGACUCUCAACUGACCACCAACAGAGGAGGAAAGGAAGGCCACGCGGACAUAACCUCAGUACCAUCGCGGACGGCAGUCCCUCGCGGGGCUCGACCUCGUCCCUGGUGCCCGGGCGCGGGGGCACCGGCGUGCACCUGGAGGACUACUCCCUGGAGCGGGUGACCCCGGACGAGCCGGCCCGGCACGGGCAGCGGCGCCGCGACCGGAACCACCGCGCCUCCCAGCGCUCUCUCAGCCGCUACACCGACGCAGACACAGGGCUCGGCACAGACCUCAGCACGACGACGCAGUCAGGCGACCUGCCGCCCCGGGAAAAGGACCGCGACCGCGGCCGGGCCAAGGACCGGAGGCACCACCACCACCACCAUCACCACCACCACGGCUCCAUGGAUAAGGACCGGUACGACCGGCACGACCGGGGCGAGUACGGCCACCGGUCCCGCGACCGCGACCGGCACUGGUCCCGUUCGCCCAGCGAGGGGCGCGAGUGCAGGACGCACAGACAGGGCAGUAGUUCGGUGAGCGGGAGUCCCGUCCCCUCCACCUCGGGCACCAGCACGCCCCGCCGUGGCCGCCGGCAGCUGCCCCAGACCCCGUCCACGCCCCGGCCCCACGUCGCCUACUCGCCGGCCUUACGCAAGGCGUCCAACGCCCCCCACGGCCAGGGCAGGCUGGCCUCUCCCACCCCUCGGCACUGCUCCCCACCGGGCCAGGAGCCCCACCACCACCACCAACACCAUCACCACCACCACCCGCCGUCCCACCACAACUCCCCCCGCGGCUCUCCGCGCUCCGGCCGCCAUUCCCGCUGGGUCCCCGCCCCGCCCGACGGCCCGGACGACGGCUGCCUCUACGACCAGGACUACGACUACGAGCGGCAGGAGCCGCCCGCCUACGACCAGAGCAUCCACCAGGGCAACCCCCACCCCAGCCCCAACCCCAACCUCAGCCCCCGCUCGCCCAGGACUUCCCGAAACGCCGCCCCUCCUCCCUGCCAGCCGCCGCCCCGCCGCAUGCCCAACGGCUACCGCUCCACCUCGCCCUCACCCCACCGGCGGGGCCCCCCCCACCUGACUCACAGGCCCCCGCACCCGAGAGGCCCCCGGAAGGGCCUGCACGAACCCUACAGCGAGACAGACGAGGAUGACUGGUGCUAG